CAUAAAUUCUUGUGAUGCUUUCACCCUUACAGUGCCUAUGGAAACUGGUUUCCAGGCAGCAAGCCUCUUAUACAGCAGGCUAUGGCCAAGAUCAUGAAGGCAAAUCCUGCCUUGUAUGUAUUACGUGAACGGAUCCGCAAAGGACUGCAGUUGUAUUCAUCUGAGCCCACUGAGCCUUAUCUGUCCUCUCAGAACUAUGGUGAACUCUUCUCUAACCAGAUUAUCUGGUUUGUGGAUGACACCAAUGUCUAUAGAGUGACCAUCCACAAGACCUUUGAGGGGAACUUGACAACCAAACCCAUCAACGGAGCCAUCUUCAUCUUUAACCCACGUACGGGGCAGCUUUUCCUCAAGAUAAUCCAUACAUCUGUGUGGGCUGGACAGAAGCGUUUGGGUCAGGUAAGUUGCUGAAAUGAUAGUGAGGUCAUG